AUGAAUAUCAGUGCUGUUGCGGAUAUGAGUUCAGGCAUGCCGACGCAGUCGUCGGAUCCACCAUUGAAGAAAUCCAAGAUUGAAACCCACACUGCCAAAGCAUACUUGCUUUACACUUGUCGUCAUUCUUAUGGAUAUAAGUUGUAUGCCCUAGAUCCUCGUGCUCUUGGUAAUUGGAAUGGUAAUCCUGAGGAGAAGAUAGAAACUUUACAACCUGUUCUCGAUUUGCCUGGCCUCAAGUAUCCGAUGAGAAUGGAUGCUUUUGCGGUGGGAUCUACGUUGUAUAUGAUUGGGGGGAAAAUUCCACUUGAAAACAAGGAUAUGGAUAAGCCAUUUUUGCGUUCUCGCCUGUCUCCAAGUGUUUAUAUGUGCGAUACCACCGCCUUACCCUUAAAAGUGGUGGAGGGACCUCACAUGAAAGGGGGGAAAGCUGUGCCAUUUGUGAUUCCUGUUGAUAACCUGAUUUAUGUCAUUUCUGACGUGCCUCCAAGAUGGACAACCUUUUAUGCUGACGGGGAUGAAACUGUAUUAUUUGAGGUUUUCGACCCAAAUGAGGGAAGCUGGUCCUCCUUGCCACGCCCUCCAUUCUAUCCCCGCCCUGAUCACUGUGACCUGGAGCCAGGUGUAUUUUUUUUGAUUUUAGUACUUGCAGAAUUGUUAACUAUGCGGUUGUUGACUCCAGGAUCUUUUUUUGCAUCCAUAAUAAAACCCGCAUGUACGCAUUCCAUGUAGAUGAUCACAAAUGGGAGACUUUUGACCUCCUUCCAAGAGAAAACCUUUUUCCCUUCGAUGGUCUUGCCAUUUCGAUAUCUGACUCUACCUGGAUAUCUGUUGGUUCUGGUGACUCAAACUCCCCUUUAACAACUUACAAUCUUGCUUCAAACCAGGGAUUGGUCCGCAGGGCAGUUGAAGGUCUUUCGUCGAUUGUACCUUGUAGACCAUUUUUGGAUUUUUAUUCUGAUUACCGUUUGAUUGACUUUAAGAGUGGCUGGUUUUGUCUUCUCAUAUGUGGGAUGGUCAUGGAUUACUUCUCGGAGGUGGAUCCACAUCCACAUGCUUUGGUUAGUGUUUUUCGCCUUGUCAAAAAGCACAUGGAUGAGGUCUAUUUACAUGAAGUAAAGCCCUGGGUGUCUCACAGGAAGUUAGACCCAAAAGCAAUUAAGGCCGCAGGCCUGCCCAUGCCCUAUUUACACGAUUUCUAUGAUGUGUUCUCGGUUGACAUGAGGGUUGGAUCAGCAAAAGACCAUUUUGAUCCUUAAAAACGCAUUGGAGAAGUUCAAGUAUUUGAUGCUGAGGACCUGCAUGGCUCUCUAUUUGCUGUUGGGAAUGACAAAUUCACCAAGAUGCCUUAUUUAAUUGCUGCCUUCCUUGUGUAUGAGAGGAUGGCUAAUUUGCUGGUGAUCAUAGUUGAUGGACUGUGGUUCUGUUUUGAGUUGCUGGGAUUUGCAAGAGAUGCGGUUUUCCACCAUUUUGUCGGUACAAGUUCUUGUUUUGCAAUGAACUUGUCUUGCGCAAUACUGUACUUUUCAAUUUAUUUUCCAAGUGCAUUAGUUUUUAUAAAAGUGUGAGUAGUUUAUUCAAGCGUAUUAUAUAAACACAAUUUGUGUUGGUUAAUAAAG